AUGGCUUCUGUCACUUUCUUCGUGCGGUUUGUGGCUAUGAUGUUGGUUGUAUCCAUUGUCUAUUGUCAUUGGUUUGCGUGGGUUGGGCAUGGCAAGCAUAAAAUCGAAAAUGGGAAGCUUGUGAAGCUGUUUGGAAACACAAAGAUGGCCGAGAAACCUGAGGAUCUUGUUUUCUACAAAAGGAUGCCGGGUUCUUGUGAUGAUGUUGAGAUGGAUGGGGACGGAAAUAUAACUAUCUGGUACUCUAAAAAUUCCAACACAGCUAAGGAAGGAUGCACGAUUGAUUUCGCCACGACAGAUGGCAGCACCUGGGAAACCUUUGAUUUCCCAAUGUAUUUUGGUAUCCAACACAAUAAAGAACUGAAAGAUUGUCUGGCGGAUGUCAGAGAAGAUGAUGCAGCGUUGGCAUAUAAUCUGUUGGCCUUCUCUUUCAGUCUGAAGAAUAGCGAAUUCGAUAGGGUUACAGGAGGAUAUGCGGAAAGGCACAAAAAUUUUUGUGGUGAUGUAUCGGAUUGUUAUGCAAACAAAGGCAAAUGCUUGGAUGUUGCUGAUCAUUCUGUUGGGUGGGCUCGAGAUGGAGAUAAUGUCACAAGCAUAAUUCAGCCAAGUGAGGAAUUUUAGAGUAUUGUGACAUACUACUCGGAUCUUUGUUUCCGGACCGAUUCGGACAAAUAAGGUGUCAUUCGAAAAAGCUCAGAAAAAUGAGUGGAAUUAGGGGUGGGUAAAGUUGAUCCGACAUUCCUUGGAUGAAUUAUAUGAAAAAUGGAAAAGUGGAG